GGCAUGGCGAGGGCUACCAUGUCCCGGGGGUAUAUGACAACAACCAUGAGCAGGGCACUGCGGAGGACACAGUGUCCUUUCAGCCCAUGGGAUCAGAGCGGAUGGAGAUGCGAAAGCGGCAGAUGUCGGUGCAGCAGGAGACGGCGGCGGGGGGCGUUGCACCGGCCCAGCAGGACCAGCGGGGUCAGGGGAACCGAGCCUCCAAUGCCUGCUGCUUCUGCUGGUGCUGCUGCUGUAGCUGCUCCUGGAAUGAAGACAGAGAGGAGAGGAACCGGAGGGCCUCGUACGAUGUCAAAGCUGAGGGGAGCACUGAUUGUGAUGACAGCCCAAUGCCCACUUUGGAAGAGGCCGAAUGCUGGGGGCAGUCGUUUGACAAGUUGAUGGACUGCCCUGUGGGGAGGAGUGCCUUCCGGCAGUUUCUGCGCACAGAGUUCAGCGAGGAGAACAUGCUGUUCUGGCUGGCCUGCGACGAGUUCUGCAAAGAGACCAAUAAGAGCACUAUUGAGGAGAAAGCCCGGCUUAUUUAUGAAGACUACAUCUCAAUCCUUUCACCCAAAGAGGUGAGCUUGGACUCCCGGGUGCGAGAGGUGAUCAAUCGGAACAUGCUGGAGCCCAACUGCCACACAUUUGAUGACGCCCAGCUGCAGAUAUACACACUAAUGCAAAGAGACUCUUACCCUCGCUACAUGAACUCCCAAGCCUACAAAAACCUGCUCAACACCCUUUCAGAGCAGUCCCCUGAAUCCUAGAUAAUGACCUGUGACCUUUUCUCGAUUUGACCCCCUGUCCUUCCUUUCAUUUUGUUUUUUUUGUAUGUUAGUGUAGAAUAAGCGACCCGGGCCUUGGAACCCGGCCCUUCCAGGGAUCUGAGUGCUAUAGCGAUCUACACCUGACAGAAGACUCAGGUCUCAAAAUCUCCCGAGGGCUUAACACCACAAGUACUGCUACAGAUCAACAUAGCAACUCACUCCAAAGGAAUAUUACGAAACAUUUCUGUCAG